AUGAAUCAAGUAUUUUUUGUUCCACAUGUUAUAUUCGUUCGCAUACCGCGAUCUCGUUUUACGAGACACUCGGACGCAAACAGCUCUGCUGUAGAGAAAGCAACGUCUACACCAUCCACAUACGAAGCGGAGCUCAGAAUGCAAGACUGA